AAGAGGCCAGGGCUGGCGGAGCAGACUUGUGGAGUGAUCGCAGAGAGGAGCGCAAAGCACAGCGCGCAGCGACAGACAGCACCCACCACCGACGGUGCUGCUGCGGCGAGCUGAGGCAGAAGGCGUGCUCUGAGCUGACAGAUCCGACCCGGCAGCGUCUGGGGCGCCACACGGACCGUCGGCGGCGCAGUCCCCGUGUCCCUGUUCGUGCGCUGCACCCCUCUGACCAGCAUGAGGCUCCUGGCGGCCGCGCUGCUUCUACUGCUCCUGGCGCUGUGCGCCUCGCGCACGGAGGGGUCCAAAUGCAAGUGCUCCCGGAAGGGCCCUAAGAUACGCUACAGUGACGUGAAGAAGCUGGAAAUGAAGCCAAAGUACCCGCACUGCGAGGAAAAGAUGGUUAUCAUCACCACCAAGAGCAUGUCCAGGUACCGUGGCCAGGAGCACUGCCUGCACCCCAAGCUGCAGAGCACCAAGCGCUUCAUCAAGUGGUACAACGCCUGGAACGAGAAGCGCAGGGUCUACGAAGAAUAGGGGAAAGAUCUCUGAUAGAAAACUCCAGACCAGUUGCGAGACUUGAGCAAAGGACUUUGCUGGUUAAAUAAAAAAAACCUUUCUUUCUCACAGGCAUCAGACACAAACUAUAUAUUGUUACGAAGCACUUUUUACCCAGGGUCAGUUUUUACAUUUUAUAGCUGUGCGCGAAAGGCUUCCAGAUGUGAGACCCAGCUCUCCUGCGCUCCAGACACCAACACAGGCGGCCCUUUGCUGAAACGGGGGGAAACUCAUGCCUUUCCUUUUUAAAAAAAAUGCUUUUUUGUAUUUGUCCGUACAUCGAUACACAUCUGAGCUUUAUAAGCGCCCGGGAGGAACAGUGAGCUUGGCUGAGACAUUUCAUUGCAGAACCUAGCUCGGGAAGCUUCCGCCCAGAGGGCCUGGCGCCUUCUGCACAGCUGCCAGGCCCUCCUGGGCUUACGGUGGAUCCCAGCCUCGGUGUGACUCCGCAGUGGCCCCUCUUGCCGGGUAGGCAGGAGCAGGUCUCUCUGCAUCUGCGCUUGGAAGAACUCAGUUUAGUUGCCAGACAAAUGUGCUUCAUUCCUCCGAUUCAUUUUUUCAGUCUAGGAAACAUUUCCAAGAUCCUGUGGGGGUGAGGCAAGUGACCUGUAAAGAACGUAUGGGGUCUUUUUUCCAACCUGAGGAAUUCUGAAAGGUUUGCUGCUUCACUUUGUGAUGCUUCAGAAGCACGUGAGGUUCCUACCACUGUUAGUGAAAACCGUAGAAUUUUACAACACAUACACAACCCGCAACUGGAGACACACAAUCUGUUGAGAACAGGAAAUCUUCGAAGUGUGUUUCUCUCCCUACACACGGUGGAACGUGCAGUACUAAAGCAGCGGUACACUUGUGACUCCCCGUGCAGCUCACCGGGAGCAGAGUGUCCGGGUUUGGAAGCUGGGAUGAGCGGAGCACCCUUUUCUUUGUACAUACCUUCCGCAGAGCGCCCCCCACAGGCUGCCCUUGGGUAGAGGCUGCACUAUCCUGCUGUGUUAUAUGCUAUGUGAAUGUCAGAGAUCAUUAGCAUUGCAUGCAGAUUUCAUAUUCUUUCUAAGACAAAAAGAAAAGUAAUAAAAUAUAUUUGAAAUGUACCAACA